GUUCCUAAGAGCAAGGCUGCUGAGGCCACCAAAAUGGCUAUUGAUGUAGGCUUCCGUCACAUUGACGCAGCAUAUGUCUACCAAAAUGAGGAGGAGGUCGGCAAGGUCCUUCGAGAGAAGAUUGCAGAUGGCACUGUGAACAGAGGGGACAUAUUCUAUACCACCAAGCUCUGGGCUACUUUCCUUCGACCAGAAUUGGUUCGACCAGCCCUAGAAAGAUCUCUGAAGAAACUUCAGCUGGACUAUGUAGAUCUGUUCAUCAUCCAUAUUCCAGUGGCUAUGAAG